AAGUUGUCAAUUUGGUUCCCCUGAUCGGAACGCAGCGCUUCUUCGAGACUAAGAACGAUAUAUCGUGGGGGGUUGGAUAUCACGCACGCACGGCUGGUAAAAAGACCGAAGCCGAUUUUUCGGUCGGCCGGGAGGGAAGCCGACGUCACGAACGGGUAAAGAAAAUAUUAAACAUCGGGAGGAGAAACGAUAAGAGGAGAAGGAAUAAAUAUAAAAGAAACAGUUUUAAUCUUAAUAAUAAUACGUACAGAAGGAAGAGAUAAAAACCAUUUAAAUAGAGUCUUCUAGAAGAAAGGAAAGCAGAAAAAUAAGAAGAAGAGGAAGAGAAGGUGGAGGAGAGGAGGCGAACGAAACUGCCAGAUUUGCAGGACCGACAAGUAUAUAUAUAUAUAUUUACGGAAAAUAAGGAUCAAUUUUCUAAAAUAUGGCUGCGCUACCAAGAAGAAUUAUCAAAGAGACUCAAAGAUUAAUGCAAGAGCCUGUUCCUGGUAUCAGUGCUGUGCCAGAUGAUACAAAUGCUAGAUAUUUUCAUGUCAUUGUAACGGGACCUGAAGAUUCGCCGUUUGAAGGUGGUUUAUUUAAACUUGAGUUGUUCCUACCAGAAGAUUAUCCGAUGUCAGCGCCUAAAGUGAGAUUUAUAACGAAAAUUUAUCAUCCAAAUAUCGAUAGAUUAGGCAGAAUUUGUCUAGACAUACUAAAGGAUAAGUGGAGUCCUGCUUUACAAAUUAGAACGGUUCUUUUAUCCAUUCAAGCACUUUUGAGUGCGCCAAAUCCAGACGAUCCUUUGGCUAAUGAUGUAGCUGAACUUUGGAAAGUUAAUGAAGGUGAAGCAAUACGUAAUGCCAAAGAUUGGACCCGGAGAUAUGCAAUGGACAACUGAUCUCAGCUUUGUCGUAUAAUUUGCAACGCAAAGCAAAGCAACAACGUUACCCCGAUUGUCCCAGUUUAUUCGUCACCUUACCCGCACUAGCUGCAUAUUCUGCACCUGUGUCCACGAUUUUGCUAUAAAACCAAUAAAAGUUUUGUAAGAGUAAUUAGAAUGAAACUGUAUUUUCUAUAUUGCGGGAAAUACAAAAACGUCUUAUUUAGA